AUGUCUGAUCAAAUCAAUUACUCGGCCGAUUUGGCUCGCGACAUUGUCGCAGCUAUCUAUUGGGACUUGAAUUCUGUGUGGUAUCUCCAAAAUCUUGAUAACAAGGUGCCCACCCAGAAAGAUCGGGCUAUCUUUAACAAGUUGGCCAGUGAUAUCCAGGAAUUUCUAGAUUAUACUGUACGAGAUCUAUGCCUGAUGGGUAUGCAGCCGUCUCUGACAAGCCCUAGCAUCAAUCGAAUUCGCUCUUUCCUGUUUGAAAGCGGAUGGAGGAUGUUUGCAAUCUGUGCCCAAUCCGAAGCAUUCAGAGAGGCCUACCUGAAAGAAAGCGAUCUGACCUUUGACCUGAUGAGAAAGCUGAUCAAACUCAAUGAACGCAGCAUCGAUAUAUUUGCUCGAUCCCGCAAUAUAGACUGGCGAGGUCCACUCCUCCCUUACUCGAACCUUGAUAUCCCGGGUAUUGGACUGGCCCUGCAACCAGAAAUCAAUUUGGCGAAAGAGCAUCCGCAUCAUGUCGUUCAGUUAAACGAUGGCCAUCUAAAGCGUCCUAUUUACGAAGGUCAGGCCCAGAUCAAUAUCAACGAGCAAUACUGGAAGCCAGAGCGCUUUAGCUGCCGUCUUCGCAGUCACCCAUUUCAGCGCCAGGAAUUGCCUGGACCCUGUGCUGGCUGCAUAUGCCAGAUUAUCUCCAAGUCAGGGGAUCUGGUUGAGCUUGUAGAAUAUCCAGGUAAGGGGAUCGGUGUAAGGGCCCUCGCCAACUUUCGGAAAGGUGACAUCUUGGGUGAAUAUCUGGGAGAAAUCUAUCCCCACCCUGUGGAAUGCCCCGACAUUGUAUACAAUCUGGAGCAGUCGUCUAUCCAAAAGACAGCAAAGUCUUAUGAGCAAGCAAGGAGAGCCCAGCAAAAGUUGCCCGGGGGUGCCAGAAAGCAAAGCUGGACGCAGACCCAGAAUCAAAACUCGCAAUGGCUUGGUCAGCCUCCAUUGAUUGAAUCGACGGUCGGCGACCAUUUUGCGAAGAUUGUGGCAGAUUAUGGGGAUAGAACAGCUGUCAUCUCAAAGCACCAAAAUGAUCGUGUUUCUUACGCCACCCUCGACUUCAGAAGCAAUGCCCUUGCUCGAGGGCUAAAAUCCAUCGGGGUGAAGAAAGGGGAGCGUGUUGGGGUCAUGCUCGGGAAUUCAAUGGAAUAUGCUGUGGCAACAUACGCAUUGUUUAAACUCGGAGCUAUCUUGGUGCCUCUCAAUCCUUCUUUUAAUGCUAUGCAAGUGGUGGCUGCCUUGGGCCACCUCCAAGCCAGCCACUUGAUCAUCAGCACCGAAUCCAAUCUUCCCCGGAAAGAUCCCCGCAGCAAUGUUCCCCUUCUCGAAGAUUUGAUCGCAGACCCUGCAUCCAUCACCUUGGAAUCCACGUCAGUGCCUUCGUUGAGGCAAAUUGUUGUCGUUGAUAACUCCUCUGGUGGCAUAGAUACUUCGUCAUAUAAGAGCCUUACAACAUUCGCGUCGAUCACGUCCGAUAUACACUCCGAUGGUCACCCCUUGCCUCCACAGGACAUCUCACCCGACGAGAUUGUGAACAUACAAUUUACAUCCGGAACUACUGCCAUGCCAAAGGCAGCUUGCUUGAGCCACCGCUCUAUUCUAAAUAAUGGAUCUCAAAUAGGUGAUCGCAUGUUAUUGACGCCGAAUGACAUCGUCUGCUGCCCACCCCCAUUAUUUCAUUGUUUCGGCUCUAUUCUAGGUUACAUGGCGACUGCAACUCACGGCUCCGCCAUUGUCUUUCCAACAGAGUCUUUCAACGCCCGAGCUGCCCUCAAAGCGGUCCAAGAAGAAAAGUGCACAGCCCUUUAUGGUGUUCCAACGAUGUUCCUCGAUGAGCUUGGUCUGAUUGAGGAUGGCGAAGUCUCGAGAGAGGGCUUCCAAUAUCUUCGAACUGGUAUUGCCGCUGGCAGUAGUAUUCCUUCAGAGUUGAUGAAGAGACUUCACAGAAUAUUGAACCUCACUGAACUUACCAUUUGUUAUGGCAUGACUGAGACGAGUCCUGUCUCUGCUAUGACAACGACAGACGACCCGAUUGACAAGAGAAUCAAUUCAGUUGGGAGACUUAUGCCCCAUGUAGAGGCCAAGGUCGUGGAUCCAGAAAACAAAACUCAAAUUCUCCCCAUUGGAAAACGCGGUGAAUUGGCCGUUAGCGGAUACCUGCUUAUGAAAAAGUACUGGGAUGAUCCUGGAAAAACAGCCGAAGUGAUGCUUACGGACGAAACAGGGAAGGUUUGGAUGCACACUGGAGAUGAGGCAUCCAUGUCAGAAGAUGGCUACAUAACCAUCACGGGGCGGAUCAAAGAUUUGAUCAUUCGUGGAGGUGAAAAUAUUCAUCCUUUAGAGAUUGAGAAUUGCCUGCUGGCAAAUGCAGGUGUCAUGAACGUUUCUAUCGUCGGUGUCCCGGACGACCGAUAUGGUGAGGCCGUGGCGGCAUUUGUUGUUCCUCGAGAGCUGGGCUCCACGUCCAUAACAGCUGAAGAGAUCCGGCAGUGGGUGCGCGAGAGGCUGAGCCAUCAUCUCGUUCCCAAACAUAUUUUCUUCCUUGGACAGAAUGAGGCAUUCCCUAAAACAGCAAGUGGAAAGAUCCAGAAAUUUAAGCUCAGAGACAAGGCUAUUCAACUUUUAGCUGAUCGGCAAGAAAUGUAUGCCAGCAGCUGA